CUGAUAAAAAGGGGCGCGUGCUUCCGAAGCGAGGUAGAGGAAGAGGAGAUCGUACUGUGUACUACAUCCACACCAGCGCGUGAGACAGCGGACACACCACCGGCCAGCAGUCUGCUGAUGUAAAUUCCCGCUCAUCCUCCCACCACUGGUUCAAGGACAAGAGCUUCAGCUGCGUACUGGUGAGGCUGCCCAGAGCAGGAGAAGCAGGAAAGGGCUGUGCUUUCAGAGAGAGGAUCAGAGGCGGAGAGAGAGGGAGGGAGAAAGAAUCUGGCUGAAUAUCCCUCAGGAUGAAGAAAAGCAGUAGUGCACAGGGGGUUACACCAGGCGAUGAGAAUAAGGAGCCUCCUGUGGGACAAUUUUCCACAGGCAGCACCCUCGGGGUAGAGGUGUGCAGAGUCCACAGGCGGUUUUCUGGCAACCUGCAGCUGCCUCCGUUGUCAUGGCGACAGGCGGAAAAGGACCGGGACAGGGGCUGGUCGCUAUCGCCUGAAGAAGAUCCAGUGACCCAGAUCAGACCCACAAGUCUGCCUAUUGCCUCUCUGCCCCGCAUCGACAUCACACAGGCUGACCCUGACAGCUUUGAAGUGGAAAAUGGCCCAUCGUUGUGCUGCAGUCCUUCAGACCCGCAGGCAUCCCCGGGUUCAGGUUUGGUUCUCCAUCCCAACCUGGCGGGCCAUGGCCAGCGCCGGGAGUCCUUCCUGUACCGCUCUGACAGCGACUACGAACUAUCACCAAAGUCCUUGUCUCGAAACUCUUCCAUUGUUGGAGAACUGCAUGGUGAGGACUUGAUUGUGACUCCAUUUGCUCAGGUUCUGGCAAGCCUUCGGACUGUUAGGAACAAUUUCACCACCUUGACUAAUGUACAAUGUGCAGCCAAUAAAAGUAGUCCAGCACAGAAAAGACCUGAUUACGUGUCCAUGUGUCUGUUGGCAGAUGAGUCCUACCAGAAGCUGGCUAUGGAGACCAUGGAGGAGCUGGACUGGUGUCUGGACCAGUUGGAGACCAUCCAGACCUACCGCUCCGUCAGCGACAUGGCCUCCAACAAGUUCAAGAGGAUGCUGAACCGGGAGCUGAGCCACCUGUCUGAGAUGAGUCGCUCAGGCAACCAAGUGUCAGAGUACAUCUCCAACACCUUCCUAGACAAGCAGAAUGAGUUGGAGCUUCCGUGUCCAGUUCCUAAGUCGAGGGAAAGGAAGAGGAGGCAGGGCCAUCAGCAACAGCAGCAGCAGCAGCAGGGUGGGAUGAUGACUCAGAUCAGUGGGGUGAGGAAGGUCAGCCACACGCCCAGCAUUUCUGGAAGCGCCGGAAAUCGUUUUGGGGUCAAGACGGACCAGGAGGAACUGCUGUCGAAAGACCUGGAGGACAUCAACAAAUGGGGCCUGAAUAUCUUCAGAGUGGCCGAGCACUCCCAUGCCCGGCCGCUCACAUGCAUCAUGUACACCAUCUUUCAGGAGCGAGACCUGAUGAGGACGUUCAAGAUUCCAACGGACACCUUUGUGACGUUCAUGCUGACCCUGGAGGGCCACUAUCACUCUGACGUGGCCUACCACAACAGCCUACACGCCGCUGAUGUAGCCCAGUCCACACAUAUCCUCCUGUCCACUCCCGCACUGGAUGCGGUCUUCACAGAUCUGGAGAUCUUGGCGGCCAUUUUCGCUGCAGCCAUUCAUGACGUGGACCACCCAGGCGUGUCCAACCAGUUCCUCAUCAACACCAACUCCGAGCUGGCUCUGAUGUACAACGAUGAGUCAGUGCUGGAGAACCACCACCUGGCUGUGGGCUUCAAGCUGCUGCAGGAAGACAACUGCGACAUCUUCCAAAACCUCAGCAAGAAGCAGAGGCAGACACUCCGGAGGAUGGUCAUUGACAUGGUAUUGGCAACUGACAUGUCUAAACACAUGAGCCUGCUGGCUGAUCUGAAGACGAUGGUAGAAACCAAGAAAGUGACCAGCUCUGGAGUUCUGCUGUUGGACAACUAUACAGACAGAAUGCAGGUUUUGCGCAACAUGGUUCACUGUGCGGACCUGAGCAACCCGACCAAGCCUCUGGAUCUUUACCGACAGUGGACAGACAGGAUCAUGGAUGAGUUCUUCCACCAGGGAGACAGAGAGAGAGAGAGGGGGAUGGAGAUCAGUCCGAUGUGUGACAAACACACAGCUUCAGUGGAGAGAACGCAGGUUGGCUUUAUCGAUUACAUUGUCCACCCUCUGUGGGAGACGUGGGCCGACUUGGUCCACCCCGACGCCCAGGACAUCCUGGACACGCUGGAGGACAACAGGAACUGGUACCAGAGCAUGAUCCCCCAGAGUCCUUCCCCUCCCUUCUACACCAGCGACAGGGAGGGUGGCCCACAUGGGGAGGUGGAGGGGGGACCUGUGGCGAGUAAAUUUCAGUUUGAACUGACGCUGGAUGACCAGGAUGGAGACAGCCAGAGCGGGAUGAUGGAGACAUCUGACGGCGUGACACUCCAGGACCAUCCCUCUGAUCAGGAUGGCGUACAAAUGGCAACGCGUGACCUCUCCCCAGCGGAAACAUAGCUGAACUGAUGGUGUUCUUAGAAUGCAGCAGGUUCUGCUGUUUUGGCUGAAUUCAUUUAAUUGCAGUGGAGCAAUCCUGCAAUCUGGCUCUUCAGAGCUGCCUGGCAAAGAGGGCCUGACUGAAUGUGGGGCACCCUUGUAAACAAGGCUUGGAAACCCUGCAGCAGUUUGUUUUUGAGCCCCUCUAGAAGGGAGCUGGAGGAGUGUAGCGUCUGUUCUUUAAAGAAGGGACUUCUGUGGAACUGCAGAGGCAGGGCUGAAUCAUGAUUCUCACAAACAAAGAAGGUGAAAUGGACGAUUGUGUAUCCAUAUACUGGGACUCGUAAAAUUCUAAACUUGCACUUCAGGACGUGUGUUUUUUAAUGUUCUUGUGUCAGGAUUGGAUGCCACCUGGUUUUAGUGUCCAACCAAAACGACUGGUCAGCAAGUUAUUUGUAACCAAGUUGUUUUUUUUCUAACACAAAGUUGUGUGCCUUUUUUAACGGCCGUGUCUUUUUGUAAGUGUUUUUUAUAAUUUAUUGAACACGUUCAUGUAGCUGUAAGAUGUGUCAACGUUUUCUACAAAAUGGACACAUUUGUCUCACACAGUCUUCCUAAUGUUCUGGCAAUAGUAUAAGCUUGUUCUCACAAAUUCCAGUGGAUGUAUUUCUAAAAUCAGUUGGCUUCCCAGCACAAUUUGCACUUUGUGGCAUAAGAUGAAGAGUGUCAUUAUAAACAUGUAAAACCAAAAUAAUAAUUUUAUCCAACUGUUUUCUUUCCAAUACUUCACUUCAUAAGCAAUUAAACAACUCAUAGAUCAGAUUCCUUGAAAGUGGAAAUACAUUUUUUUUUUUUUUUUUUUUAGUACAAAACCCUCCAACAAGCCUUGUCAAGAAAGCACUUGACGAUUUCACUGCCACCUUUUGAAAAGUGUGUUCCCAUGCUUGAAGAGUCACUAGGGUAACAAGUCAAACUUCCAACCAGAAGCCAAAUUGAUACCUCACAUCUUCCUGUAGCUGGAUGAAUAGUGCAGGCCAGUGAAAGCCAAUUAUCAAUUAUUCACCAAGAAUAUCUAAGAGAAAAAUCACCUUGUAUUGUGCUGGGCUAUUCCAGUAUGGGCCAUCUGUUUCCACUUUGUAAUUCCCCCGUAUACACACACACACACACACACACACACACACACACACACACACACACACACACACACACACACACACACACACACCUGUUGUAGUUAACAGCAUUCCAUUCUCGUGAAUACGUGACUUAUUCUGAACCUUGAAUGACUGUGAGACGGUGUGCACAUUUAAAAAGACACCAGUUAGCGAAUUGUAUCUUGUAGUUUUUAUUGCAGCACUUUGAAUAUGUCGACAGAUCCGCAGCUGGUUGCUGAUCUGUCCAACACUACCUUAAAGGUACCACGUUGUGAGGUGCAACCUUCAGAAGAGAGAUUGUCAUGUCAUGACAUGAUAUUUCCUGUGCGUGUGUUUGAGAGAGAGAGAGUGUGUGUGUGUGUGUGUGUGUGUGUGUGUGUGUGUGUAAGUGGUCACAGAGUUGCACAACCUUGUUGCACCCAGCUGUGUUGUAGUGACCCUCCAGCUGUUUGUAACAGUGUAUUUAUUAUCUUAUUCUUAUAUAUGAUAAUAUUAAUAUUGAUUGUUAAUAUUCCCUGUAUAUUUGUUAUUAUUUAUAUGCACUACCACAUGUCAAAUCAGUUUCACUGAACAUGUCUGGUGGUUCUGAUUUAUAGUGUUUAGCAAGCUGUUUUGGAAUAAGACCAUAACAUGACAAGUUAUGCAGUUAAAUUUUGACAAUUUGUAUAUGUUUGUUGGGUUUGAAAUUCUAGUCAGAAAUGUUUGUACAGCCUGAAGCAACCAACAACACCUCACAUGAGGUGCAGAAGAAGUCUGGCUUUUAUUUUUGUCUUUUGUUCCUGGCGGAUUAUGAAGGCUAGAUAUUUACAGCAGUACAUUGUGUACGGUGACGGGUCAUUGUACAGCUAAAAGAAUAUUUGCUGAAAUAUAUAACAUUGUUUCAAAUAUAUUUUUUCAGUGUUUUCCUCACAAUAUAUGGUAAAAUGGUGUAUGUUGUGCUCAACAAAUGUUUUCUAUCAGAUUAUUAAAAUGGGCAUGUAUUACAGAA